CUCCCCCUGAUUUUUUGCUCAACUCUAAAAAAAAUACCGGUACCAAAAAGUAUACCGAACGUGUUUUACUGUGGAGAAAUAAACACAGCAUAAUUUUUGGCAACCGUGCAAAGUGAAACAAAUAGGUUGUAAACUUUAUAUUAGGGGGUUGUAACUUUGUAAACACUUUUAUAAUUCAGGGGUGAACGAUGUUGCAUUUGGCUGUACGGUUAUAUUUUACAACAAAACAAAAUAAGGAACCUCUUUCUAACAUUUAACGAAUUUUUUCGAAGUUAUGUAAUGCGAGAAAAAGUAGUGAAUUAACAGGCCCCUCCCCCGUUUCUGUCAUCAAUGGCAGCUUUCUCAAAAGAGAUUCACUUGCUGGGCGAGGUUCUUCAUUCGGCGAAUAUAAAACUGUAAGAAAGAUAGAAAGUUUUUAGUUUUGCGAAUUGGAGAAAAAGAUAAUUAAAUUAUUAUAUCCUGAUGUGAAAAUGGUUUUUAAUUAACUUGGCUAGCUUCUUUCUACAAAGUUGUGAUGGCAAAGAUGAAGAUACUCCUUCUCUUUUUUGCAAGCUGCUUGUCAUUUGCUGCUUGUUGGCUAUCUCCAUCAGGCUUACACGUUUGCAGAAAGUCUGUUGCAUAUCACACCUACGAAAGCAGAAGAUAUUACAGAAGGGCUUAUCAAAAUUACAAAACAAAGACUGGUCUCUUUGGUUGGUGGCGCAGAACUGUAUACAGAACAUAUUCUACGGCUUACUAUGAAAAAUACCUUGUCACCAGGUACAGAAAUUCAUAUAUUUGUUGCAGCGGAUGGUCAAGAAGCAAUUAUCAAUGCUCCAUACCAAUUUGUGCACGUGGAUGUGGUCACGGACGAUGUACAAGUCCAAACAAAUGUACAUGUUACCGUGGUUACCAUGGAGACAAAUGUCAAUAUGACAUAAAUGAGUGUUCUUCAAGCCCAUGUGAUCACAAUUGCCGAAAUCUACCUGGUACAUAUGCUUGCACUUGCAGAGCGGGUUUUACGAAAACAAACCCCUUCAACCCUACGGAUAGAUCCUGUUCAGACGUGAACGAAUGUUCUGCUAAACCGUGUUCUUGUUACAAACCUGUUUCCAGUUGUCGUGCGUCAUGCAGAAAUACAUACGGCAGCUUCGUAUGCUCAUGUAGUUCAGGGUUUCAAUUAAAUUCUGUUAGGGGAGCCGUGUGCGUCGACAUUAACGAAUGUUCCUCAUCCACACUUAACACAUGCGGUCGUCAUUGUUACAAUACACCCGGUUCAUUCUCCUGCAAUUGUGCAGCUGGUUACAGAUUAUCUCCAGAUUCGAAGACCUGUAUAGACAUAGAUGAAUGCAAGUCAUUUAAUGGAGCAUGUGAUCAUAUAUGUACCAAUCAGAUUGGAUCAUUUCAAUGCUUAUGUCGACAAGGCUAUCAAUUAUUGUAUGACAAAAGAAGAUGCGGUGAUAUCAAUGAAUGCGUUACUGAAGCUCCUUGCCACCUUUCAAAGAGUAUGUGUCACAACUACCCUGGUUCUUAUCAAUGUGUCUGUAAACCAGGAUAUCAAAUGUUACCAAACAACAGAACAUGCUCAGACAUCAAUGAAUGCAAUACGACAGUUGGAAUAUGUCAACAUCAAUGCACAAACUUCGAAGGCUCAUACUCAUGCUCUUGUAAUGCUGGAUAUCGAUUGGAUCAAGAUAAACAUAAAUGCUAUGAUGUUGACGAAUGCAAAAAAGGAAGCCAUAGAUGUGAUCACACAUGUCAAAACUCGAUUGGUGCAUACAUUUGCCUAUGUAGGCGAGGAUAUAUCUUGAACGCUGAUGGAUUUACAUGUAGAGCUCUUCCAUGUAUGCGAAUAUCAAAACCUGUGUUUGGAGCAAUGAAUUGUACUGGUUUUGUGACAGAUUCAGUUUGUAACUUUUCUUGUUCACUGGGUUUUGACUUGCAAGGUUCAAACAGACGUAGUUGUUUAUCUAGCACGACUUGGUCAGGAUAUAAAGCCAGGUGUCAACGGAAAAAAUGUCCAGCCCUUGCUGCACCAAUUCAUGGGUCCAUUGUUAUCCCAUGUUUUCAACUAUUUGGCUCAACCUGCAUGAAGCGAUGCGAGAAUAAGUAUUAUUUAAACGGCAACCGAACAUCACAGUGUGCCUUAAAUGGAGAUAAUAUAUUGGCAUGGACCAAUGAAGAUACAAAAUGUAAAGCCAUCGCUCCUUGUCAUCCAAAUCCCUGCCAUCACAAUGGAGAUUGUAUACAGCUAUCAACAGCAGAGUACAGUUGUAACUGUGAUGGAACUGGAUACACAGGACAAAACUGUGAAAUUGCCAUGGUUGUUAUUUCAGAGCUGCCACCUGUUCUUGUUGGUAUUGAUUCUGAAUAUGUAGCUGUCACUACUCAAGCUGAAGAGAAUAUUGAAAUAAGUAUUCAAGAGGAAACUGGGAUGUUGACGUUUUCACCAAAUUCUGUGACAUUAAAAUAUCCUGAAAGGAAAGCGUCAUUUAAAAUCGCAUCUAAUAAACCUGGCACGUAUAAAGUGAAGUAUAAAAUAAAUAAGAAUAAGUUGCCCAUUCUUCCUUUACAAGAUGAUCUUGUGUAUGUGUUCCAAAAUGAUGUACCUAAGCCAGUUCAAGUUAAAAAUGAUAUUUUUAAUCAAGGGUGCCAACUGCAAAAGCUCACAGACAACGUUUCUCUCACCUCCUUCUGUAAAUGGAAUAAUAGAGGUACAUCUGGAUUGGUGUCAAUCUCUGCUCCUGUUACCAAGAACAUUCCUUUAUCUAUGAAUGGUAUAAUGAAAGAAAGCUUUGCUAAUUUUAUGCACAAUGGAGUUUUGACGCUGGGAGAUGAAAUACGGCAAUUGUUAGAACAUAAUUCGUUUGCAACGUGUUCCACACAAUGUAAUGCAACGUUCGAUAAGAAACUAGUAGAUGUUUUCAUAAGCAAUUUCUACUUUCCACAGCUUCUGUUUAAAGCUCUUGAUUAUCACUUUCCAAGCUGGUUUAGUGUGAAUUUAGGAAAUAAAGAACAUAAAUACAAUCCAGAAAACUUACAUUCAACAAUUGUAAGUGCAACAAAUCUAGAAAAGUAUCCGUUAUGCGCUCAACUUCAUAACACCAGAACGAAAAGUCACCAAUAUGUAGUGUACACGCCUAAGAUGUUUAUGAAUUUUCAGUUUCACUCAAGCAUACAGAAAGUUUCAGAUUUGACAGCAACUUGUUUCGCUGUUAAUCUGAUGAAUGGAAUUGCCAGUGUGAAUAUUGGAAAAGGGCUUGACAUCUCUAGGGAUUUUGCAACGCUUGGUAUGCCAGUCAAUUACUUUACAUUGUCUUCAUUAUUGUUUAUUCCUUUGAGAAAUAAAAUGGAGCAUUGUGCCUUUACUGGGGAGCAAAAGAUUUGUAUUCAUCCAACCAUGAAGAUAAAGGCUAGUAUCAUAUCAACAUUUAACGUAGGCAAGUUUCGGCUUGACGGUUACAUUUCCCUGGAAACAAAUAACCUUGAUAUGCUUCUACAACAAAAAUUAGAUGUACCAUUUAAAUCGAUUUUUUCCGGUUCAUUAAUUUAUGAGAUUAAAAUGAACUUCCUUGGAAAAUCGUUGUUAUUGCAAGGUAACGAACAGAACUCUGGUGGGUUUAUGCGACAUUCAGAUUCUUUGGGUUAUUGGGAAAUCAUAUUAAAUCCAAUUCUAACUGCGUCUUCCUUUGUGUACGAUUAUUCAACUGUUACAUUUCAUCCCUUGAAACAUUCUUUUGUGAAAAUGUUGAUAAAGGGCAAUGGCGGACGGGUAACAGGUGUCAAGAACACGGAAAAAACCUAUCUGAAACUAAGAACUUAUCAACGAUAUUUCCUUACUUAUACAACAAACCUGGAGAAAAGCUUAAAGGUCAAAUAUAACGAACUAUAUCAAGUAUUUGCUCCAUUACAAAGCUCUGCGCAGCUGUCUUUAAACGUAUUGGUACAAGAAUUUGCAGGGCACAAUAUAAGUUAUGAGAAAGUUAUCAACCUGUUUAAGAAGUUAAGCGAAGAUUUGGUCAGCAUUGAAUCUUUUGUUUCUACACUAAAGUAUUGGUUAAAAUCGAAACAAAUAAAGGAAUUUGAUAAAAACAUUUCGCUUAUCUUAAAUUACGUGUCGAGCUUUAAAACAAUAGAAAUAAAUCCAACUUUGUCGUCGGUUACGUUUGAUCAAAAAUACGUUACCUUUUCGUAUGUUGGAGAGAUAUGUUUGUACAACCUAUGUCUUAAUGAUAUGUCCACAAAAAUGAAGUAUGGCCUUGAUGAAGAUAAAAUUACAAUGAUUUCUAACCACAAUACAACUAGAAAUCUCGCUGCACGUCUGCGCGUAAAGAAGGGAGAUGUGCUGUAUCUAAAUAUCCAUAAAAAUAAACAUUGGUUUAAAGGUUACAUGAACGUUUCCAUCAAAGUAUUCGACCGGUAUUAUGACACCAUUCUUAUCAUUGACGAGUCAAGCUUGUCCUACAACCUCACUGUUAAGUUAAACAAAAAGUAUCACUUUGAAGUGUUUGCUCAUUCCAAUCUGCAGGAACUUUUGAGUUGGAAAAACAUCAUUAGCGAGGUUAAAGGAAAAUCAAUGACAAUGUCACAGCAUCUUAAUACAGUCAUGCAAAGAAAUUUUGAAGAGAUAGCUAAAGAUACAAAUGCGCGACUCCAUUUGUCCCUACAACGAUUUUCCGAUGUCAGAAAAAAGGUUGAUUUUCUAAAUGAAUUACAAGUAACCAGAAAAAAGCAAUAUGACAACGUUUCAAGAAAAUAUCGUCGUGCAUAUGGUCUAUAUCAACAUGCAAUUCUUCAACUGAACACAAGUCAACAACUAAUGGAUUCAUAUACAUUCAUCAAGGGGCUGUACAUUGAAAAAAAUUUAACUGGACUUUGUCUUAUACAAGCUUGUGAAAAGAAAUGCCUUUAUGUACCUGUAUGCGAAGUCUGUCAGGACCGGGUUAUUAGAACUGCUAAUUACUUGAAAUGUGACCAAAGGGAAGAGGAAGUUCGAAGUGUUAUCGAGAAAUCGUGUCCUUCCACAUGCGAGGUUGUAAAACAUAUAUUUACUCCACAGUACACGGGAAGCUGCAAACAGGAUUUAGGUGAACAAGCAAUGAUUGAUGCUUUUGCAAAGAAUUCAAUAUCAUUCGUGGCAACAACUGCAGGGAAAUUAAUCGGCUCUAUAUUUGGUCCGGGUGGGAGUAUCAUUGGCAAUUUUAUUGGUAAAGCAGUUGGAUAUAUAGUCGGAAUGUUCUUUUCCUGCAGCAGGACUUAUGAAAUGGCUAUCCAUAAAAUUGCAUACAAUAAACCUUGUUUCUUACCUUGCACUCACAUAGAAGUGCUUAAGAGGAAGGUAUCUAACUGUUACAAUGAAAAAGCGCACAUUCAGGGUCGUUCUAAUGUUACCAGGCAAUGUAACUGCAUACAAUCGUGUGUUUCUAAGGUAGCUAACAUUUCUUGUACUCUCAAUAACAUCAACUGCAUCAAAAAAAGACAGCUCUUCUUAAAUUCAUCACGCACGAUUCCUAGGAAUUUUACAGAUUUACAUGAAACUAUUGAAAAGCAAAAGAUAAGUAUUGAAAGAUUACGAACAAAAGCGCGAAAUUUUCUACACAGCAAAAAAUUCUUUAAACAUGAACUAAUGAAAACGAAGAUAAUGAUUUCAAACGCGGAAAAAGAACAAAACAUGGUGGAGGAAAGGAAUUUACUAGCAUCAUCAAUACUAUCUAGUGAAAUAUGCAUUAUGACUACGUUUAGCCACCAUCCCAAUGUGUCAAACAUUGUCUACGUAGCAACUCCUGUUACAUUUAAUGGAACACUUCCUUUUUUUCAAAACGUGCUGCUGCGCCUUGAAGUGAGAAACGAGUUAAGUGGGGAAACUAAAAAUUUCGCGAUUCUUUACUCCUUCGAUGAUGACGAAAUGUCGUUGAAAACAGCGAUGAGAAAUGUUUUAGUUGCCACAUGUAAGAGCAAAAGAGAAAGGAGAUCGUUGAAUGAUGACCAGUUGCAUGUUGACGAUGCCAGUGUCUCUCCAAUGCAAAAAGGUUGUCUUGAACUCAAGCGAACAACUGAUCUUAUUAAGUAUGCUUUCUCAUCGCUUCAAAAUUUAACUAAUGAUGCUUUGCAAUUAAAAAGUAUGAUCAAUGCUUCUGAAGAGUCAUUGGAGAUAAAUAAGAAUGCUGAAACCAGCCAUUCUGUUCUGAACGCCCAAUCUGAAGUGACUUCCUUCCUGAAAUACGAAGUAUCUGUCUAUCGUAACAGAACAACGGUAACAUACGUGCUUACACAAUGGAAACAAAACAUGGAGUUUUACAGAAAUGAGCAAAAUAUAUCAUCUUGCCUUGCUUUUGUAGAUUGCUUAAUUAGUUCUUUGAGUGAUUUAAAAAACUUACCAUCAAACUUUAUCAACAAAGAUAAUUUUUAUAGUAUGUUAUCCAACAUAACAAAGUCAGUUGUAGAGCUAACAGAACAAAAUUCAACAGCGCAUACUUUGGAAGUUAUUUCUUUGGAAACAACAGACCUUUUAGAUGAUGUUGAUACAAUGCUGAAGAAUUGUUUACAUUGCAUGCCGUUACCAAAACUUGUUUCGCCAGAUACAAAUUACUACGAUGUUGAAAAUGGAAGUCACAUUACCAUCAAUUGCGGUACCGUUCAAAGUAAACUCCCCGUGUCAUAUACGUGGAAACACAAUGGAAAAUUUAUGGACGAAGAAACUAAAAGUUCUUUAAAGAUGAGCGUUGAGUUAUCCGAUCGUGGCAAUUACAUCUGUGAAGUUACUUCUAAAGUUGGAACGGUUACCUCAAAUGCUACAUACAUAAACGUUUAUAAAAAGCCAGCUUUCGUUGAAAACCUAAAUGAUGUAACAUUAUUUCUUCCAAAUGUACAAAAUAUAUCUUCUCAUUUAUUUUGUAACAUAACAGCCUUUCCAAAACCAUCAUAUAAAUGGUUUUACCAAAAGUUUGAUUUGCUGAAAUCACCAAUUCAGUUGACAGCCACAUCGCUAGUGUAUUCAACAUCUGACCUUGAUUUUAGCCAUUCUGGAUACUACUAUUGCAAGUCUAGCAAUAAGUAUGGAGAAAUCACAAGUCGUGUUGCCCGAUUGGACAUUCUUGAGAUUCAAUAUCCUACUUUUGUUCUUACAAUUGGUGUCAAUGUAUCUAACGUUGUUUUUGGGAACAAAAGUGUCCACAUGACGGAAGUAAAUGCGUCAUUUUUCGGUCCUAUUGUACAAAAGAUGAAUUUGUUUGAUACUCAAAACAUUACAACCGAUUUUAAUGAAUCACGCCUCACCAUUACUAUUUCAUCUUUGACUAAAUUAAUUUAUUCAAACGAAACCAUGGAAGAUAUAUUAAAUUCCAACGUAAAGGCGAGGCAAGAUUUAUCUGUGGCAGCUGCAGUACUUAUAAGGCAAAUAUCCAACGCUUCUAUGACAUUGAUCAAUAACAAUGACAGUUAUUUCGGUAUAGUCGAGGAUUCGUUGUCUGUUAGUGCGAAGUUUAAUAUCUGUCGACAUGGAUAUGAACUUCACAAGAAUGGCAUGAUAUGCGUUCAAUGUCCUGCCGGAACAUUUGGAAACGAACAAGGUUUUUGUGUUGCAUGUGACAAAGGUUAUUACCAAGACUUACCUGGUCACACUUACUGCAAGAAAUGUUAUUUGGAACAAGGAGAUAAAAAUAUAGACUAUUCGAGCAAGCAUUAUUGCGAAAGAGUAGAGGAAAAAGCCGUAGCCGCUGAGCAGACUUACACAUGGAUCAUAGUUGGUAUCAUUGUCUUUUGUGUCGUGAUUUUGGUUUUGGUUAUCAUAUUGUGUGUUUGCAAGAAGAAAAGACAUCAGAAAAUGGCUGAAGAUAAAACACUGCUGCCUAAGCGUAACAAUCCAACGUUUCAGCCAAAUGACGACGAAGAAUUUCCUGUCGUGAGUUACGUUGAUUGUGUUAAAGGUGGUCAAACCACACAAGCUCUCAUCGUAUCACAAGAAAUUUAAUAUAUUUUGUUUGCUUGUUUGUUUCUUUGUAUACAUUUUUAAAGUUUGCAACAAUAUAGUUGUGAAUCGUCAUAUUACCAGGAAAUGCGCUUAUGGGUCGUAUAACUUUUAACGUAUUUCGAUUUUGAGAAACGUCACCUGUACAUUUUCUUUGAUUAUCCACUUAUCUUGCAAUUAUUUAGAUACGAAUUUAUUAUCCCUCCAUCCAGUUUUUGUUUCUCACAUUUUCUUAUUUUAUUACGAUGUUCAAAGUUUAAGGACGAUAUCUUAAAGUAUAUAAUGUUUUUUUGUAAUUGUAAAGGUUUUUUAGCCAUCAGGUACCAAAAAAUUACCCAAAAUGUGAUAAGACGCGACUCUGGUUUAGUUUAUUUUGUUGUGCCUUCAAGCAUUGUUAAGAGACCAAAUGUUGUUAUUUUUAACAGUUCAGUAUUUAAGAGUUUUCAAGGGAAAAGGAUUUGAAAUUUAAAUACUCUUAAAUACUCUUGAAGUGAAGUGAAAUUCGCGACAGUUCACCCUUUUGCAGCGAAGAAGUUGGGCCGGCAUUUAAAAAAAUAAAAGUAAUUCACAAGUUUUAGCGGGUCAGCUAGGCGUCGUGAGGCGUCGCAUUUAUGCAGGAGAAGUAGAACCAUUUAGUUUUGCAGAGAAUUCCUCCUACUUUCAGAAAAAUUCGGCCACAUUGUUUAAAAUCCAAUUCAAAAAUUAAUUCCCUUACGGAUGUGUAAAAAAAAAUUAACAUGUUUGGGAUCCAAUGUAUAUAUAACAUACGCUUUUAUUUUAUUUUUUAUUUGUCUCAUCAUCUUGUUAUUCUUUUGCUUUGUAUAUAGUUAAAAAAAGGACGUCAUAUGUAA